GCAGCGGGUGAUGGGGAAGAGGCGAGCGCAGUGCUGAGGUCCUCUGGGGCCGGAUGAGCCGAGGCUUGGCGCCGCGGCGGUGGCGGGGCUGGAGGAGGGGGCGAAGGAGGCUGUAGGGGCGGCCCCCGCUCCGGCUGCCCUGAGGGGAAGGAGCCCCCGACCAUGGAAAUCGAGAACAUCGUGGCCAACACGGUGCUGCUGAAAGCCCGGGAGGGCAAACGGAGUGGGCGUAGUAAAAAAUGGAAAGAGAUGCUGAAGUUGCCCCCUGUCAGUCACUGUGAGGGUAUUCGGUGCUCCAUUGAAAGAGACUAUAACCAGCUUUGUGACAAACAGCCAAUAGGAAGACUUCUCUUCAGACAGUUCUGUGAUUCUAGACCAGAUUUGAAAAGAUGCAUUGAAUUUCUGGAUGCAGUGGCAGAAUAUGAGGUAUCUUCAGAUGAAAAGCGCAUAGACUGUGGCCUCAAAGUUUUAGAGACCUACUUCACCAAUGGGUCUGCAGCACACUUGCCAGAAAUACCUCAAGAAACAGUAAAUGAAUGUAAAGCAAGACUGGAAAAGAACCCUUCUAAGGAUCUUUUCAUGGACUGUACUAGAAUUGUCCAUGAAUACCUGAGCAAAAGACCUUUUGAAGCUUACCAGGAGAGUGUGUAUUUUUCCCGUUUCUUACAGUGGAAAUGGCUGGAAAAGCAGCCAGUAACCAAGCACACGUUUAGGCAUUACCGAGUACUAGGCAAAGGUGGAUUUGGAGAGGUGUGUGCCUGUCAAGUACGGGCAACAGGAAAAAUGUAUGCUUGCAAAAAGCUAGAAAAAAAGAGAAUAAAGAAGAGGAAAGGAGAAUCAAUGGCUCUAAAUGAAAAAAGGAUUCUAGAAAAAGUGAAUAGUAGGUUUGUAGUUAGUUUAUCCUAUACAUAUGAGACAAAAGAUGCCCUGUGUUUAGUGUUAACCAUCAUGAAUGGAGGGGAUCUGAAGUUUCACAUAUAUAACAUGGGGAAUCCUGGCUUUGAUGAAGAAAGGGCUAUUUUCUAUGCUGCAGAGCUCUGCUGUGGUCUGGAGGAUUUGCAAAGGGAGAGAAUUGUUUACAGAGACUUGAAGCCUGAGAAUAUACUUCUUGAUGACUGUGGACAUAUCAGGAUUUCAGAUCUUGGCUUAGCUGUGCAGAUUCCAGAAGGUGAAACUGUGCGAGGACGUGUUGGGACUGUUGGUUACAUGGCUCCAGAAGUGCUCAAAAACGAGAAGUACACGUUCAGUCCAGAUUGGUGGGGCCUUGGCUGUUUGAUUUAUGAGAUGAUUGAAGGACAGUCUCCAUUCAGGAAGCAUAAGGAAAGAGUUAAACGUGAUGAGAUUGACCGCAGAGUCAAGGAGGACCAGGAAACAUACUCAGACAAGUUUUCAGAGGAGGCAAAAUCCAUCUGCAGGAUGUUACUUGCUAAAAAUCCAGGGGAACGACUGGGCUGCACUGAAGGAGGAGCUGCUGUUGUAAAGCAACAUCCUAUUUUCAAGAACAUCAACUUCAAGAGGCUGGAAGCUAACAUGUUAGAACCUCCAUUCUUGCCAGAUCCACGUGCCGUUUAUUGUAAAGAUGUCCUGGACAUUGAGCAGUUCUCAACAGUGAAAGGAGUGAACCUGGAUACCACAGAUGAUGACUUCUAUUCCAAAUUUGUGACGGGUUGUGUCUCAAUCCCUUGGCAAAAUGAGAUGAUUGAAACGGGAUGCUUUGAAGAUAUCAAUGCAUAUGAAACUGAUGGUACUGUGUCACCAGACAGAGAGAAGUCUCCUAAGCCAAAGAGAGGCUUCUUUCACAGACUUUUUAGUGGAGAGGUCUGCUUUAAGUCUGAUUGCAGUGAUGAUGAGCAGGAGUCCUCCAGACUUUAAAUCAUUUUAUGCUCAUCAGAAAGGAUGAGCAAGCAUUAAAUGUUUUAUAUCUCUGUAGCAAAUUGUAUUAUAUAUAUUUUUUAUCUGAGUUCAAGGAUUUUUGUACAUUUGUACUUCAUUUGUUUUAAGAUGUAUAUUUUCACUAAAGCUUAAUUGUACAAAAAGCAAUGAGUGCCAUUUGAGUGAGUGUGUUUCUGUAUGUAUUUGAUUUAUCUUGAUUAUUUUUUCCCAGUGGAAUGAAUCUAGAAAUACUAAAAGGAUUUUAAAGCACAGAGAUAGUAUCUAUGGCAUCACUGUAACUUGACUUUGUAUGCUCCUGGUAAAACUCUUCUUGAUCAUUAGGAUCUUUAUUAGCAAUUUUCUUAAUGGUAAAAUUGAUGUACUGAUAAAUUUAAUAAUUCUGGUAUUAUCCAGCAGCAUGGCAGUGCUAUUACCUAAUGUAUCUCUCAAGCAACUGCUAAGAGAAAAAAAGGAAUUUUGUGCACUCUGGCCAGCUAUUAGGAAUUGCUCUUUAUUAUCAGGCUCUGUAGAAUCUCUUUCUGUAUUUCUGUAUAAAGAGAACUUUGAACAUUUAGCUUAAUCCUCAAACUGAAGUAUCCCAUUCUUCUCUUUCCUACCCAUCUUACACAUCCUCUCCACAGAGUUUCUUGGCAUGAACCAUGCAAGUUGACCUAUGCCAAAAUUUUAUAACUAUAUUUUCAAAAUUUUGUUGUCUUUAAUGAAACGAUUUCUUUUUACCUGUGGGGACACAGUUUUUUUUUCUUUUAUUUUCUGUAAAUGGAAUUGUUUUUAACUCCAUGUAGGAUGUUAUGGUUUUAUAAUGGGUUAAAAAACAAAGCAUGGGCUCUUCUUACUAAUGUCCUCUCUGCUUAUGUUGUAAUAUGCAAUGUUCUAGGGUUGACAGUGAUCAAUGCCACUGGGGGAAGGGCAAGGUAGCAUUAAGUAUUGAAUUUAAUUAUGUAAGUAUUUUUAUAGCCUUUUAAAACAAAAACAUUAAAAUAUGUUUUUAACGAUUGCUUAAUACAGAUGUGGAACUGGUAUUGAAGUUUGUUAUGUUUACCUGAUGUCCAUUAGUAAAACUGACAAAAGCUGCUUGAAAGCUAGGCACACUUCCAUUCUUCUGGACUCACUGUAGGUCAGACCCUUUAUUAUGUAAACUUGUAGUAAAACUUCAUCUGGGUAUGAGAGUCAAUUUAAAGAGCACAUUUCAUUAAGAGCCUCUUCUGUUUUGGAUUGGAUACUUGAAAUAUAAUGGAGUUGGAGACAUGAUUUUAGUUUCAUAUUUUGUUCUGUAUUCUCAAGACUUGUCUCAACUGUGCAUGUAUUCACUGGGGCACCAACUGGACCACACAUGUAUUGUACACACACAGCAACUGAAUAGCACCCCCACCUCAAAAAGGUCCCUCUUGUGAUCUGCAGACCCACUGGAAGAAACUUCACUUGCUUCUGAGAAACUCACAAGAUAUAUUUGAUAUUCAAGCCCAUCAUCAGGUUUUAAUUCACAGUAUUUAGUCUCUAAAGACAAAGUUUUAAUGGAUUAGAAUUUGAAAAAAUUGGAAAACCAGUGUGUUGCAGAACCCUACUGGGGCUCAUCUGGUGUCUCUCUGAAAUUGUUCCUCUUGACUACUGUGCCACAGAAAUGAGGAAUGAGCCUAUUUUCCUGUGUUUUCAGUGCAUUUUUCCUCCAGUCUAAAACAGCACACAAGACAGCAAAAUUACUCUUUUAGAGAGUACAAAGGGAGAAAUUGGCAGAGGGAGAGAGAGUUUGAAUGAAUUACUGGAAGAUGGUCUGAUGUAAUAGUGAAGGGAUGGGAGACUUGACAGAAAUAUCUGAAGUAAGGGUGUUGGCUAGAACCAUUAUGUGUGAGACAAUGAGCUGGCAGUCUGACCUGACCCUCUUUAUUUUGUACCACAGCAAUAGAAGAACUCUAAAAAGAGGGGAAUGGAAAAAUGGAGAAGCCACAGAAGGGUUUUAUAAAUACCUACAUGGUUGGAGAAGUCAUCGUUUCCCCGAUGAAGGGGUUUGAAUUUUUAAGAUCUUAGGCUUGCUGUUCUGAGGCAAAGGUGACUGUAUAAACAGCAGACAUGCAGGGUGACAGUCUGGAUUUAAUGUCUGUGUAGGGUAACUUGAAAUUUGGGCAAGAAUACCACAGACACAAGCUGAAUAAUUCUUAUGAAGAAAAAUUUUUGUGAAGAAAAUUGGUUUUAACAGAUUUAAAAAAAAUCUGAAAGUCUAUUUAUCAUGUAUUUCAAGUUUUCUUUCUGUAUGGGAUGGAGAGGAAUCUUAAAAAAAAUAAAAAUCACUUCUCUAUUUUGGAGUGUUGAGGGUUAACAUAUAUUUUCCAGGAAUCUGUGAAGAAAGAGGGCUAAAUGAAAAGGGAAAUUGUUCCUAAGAAGUGGUUAUUUACAUGUCUGCUUCUUUGGAAAAAGGAACUCCUUGUAAAAAAGUGAGAAUUUGUUUGUUUUUAUGAUGUUUUUCUUAGUUUAAUUUCAUAAAUUUUUUCUUAAGUUCAGAAUACUACUAUUGAAUUGUUUUGAGUGAGUACAUGUUGGCAGGAUUAUGAUCUAAUUCCAUUGGGUUUGGGGUUAGGUUUUUUUUGGUUAGUUGAUUGGUUCUUCCCCAAUAGGCUCAAGAUGGCAUUAUUGUCCUAUAAAUUUAUCCUUUUUGGCUAGAAAUACAAGCAUAUAAUAAUGACUGCAUCUCAUCUGCUGUGAAUCCCCUGGAAAAUCAGAAAAAAACAAGGAAGUGGAAGGCUCAGCAAUCAGCAUAAGUCUCCUUACACAGCACAUGGAGGGGAAGAUGUUAUGCUGUUCAAUCUAAGGUGACUCCAUUGGUUAAAGGCCUUCUCUGGAGUAUAAGGAGCUGGGAGGUGCAUCUUGAAAGCAGGGAAAGGCUAAGGACAGGGGAGAACACCUGAAAGCAAAAUAUCACAGUGUGAGAAAUUUAAUAUGAACUCAGAUCUUGAUUUUUUUUUAGGACAAAAGGGGGCAAAAUACCAGGUUGUGUUCACAGAUUAUGUAGCCUUUUACUACAUGAAACUGUUGGGAUGGGAUGGGGGAAGCCAACAUAACUUCUUGUAAUUCAGCAUUCUCUAGACCCCUGUGUUAGAAGGCUCUAACAACCCAAUGUUCUACUGCUGCAAGAUUUGGAAAGACCUAUGGAAUUCCACGGAGUUGUUUGCAUGAGAUCAACCCUCCUUUCCUGUGGUGUGUGUUUCCAAGCAUUUGUGUAUGUAAAUCUUCAUGUUUGCUUGUGAGUACCUCAAACCUCUCUAUUUAGCUCAAAAUUCAGAAACUGUGAAACAAUGUACCAGUGUCUUAUUGGUUUACUUAAUGCUUUUCAAUGUUGUGACCAGAAGAAUAGAAUCUUCAUGCCUCAGGGUUGUUUUUUCUAGUAAGAAAGCUGUCAGCUUUUCCCUGCCCCCUGAGGUGUGUUCAAAAUAUAGAGAUGGUUUUGUUUCUUAUUAUAAAAACAACAGAACUGUCUCAGCUGAAAAAAGGAGCACUUAAAACUAAUAGUAAGUAGGAAAAAAACCCCUGUGGUAUGUCUGUAUCAAGAGUGUUAUUGACAAACCUUAGCCUUUAAUAUCUCUUGUCUCUCUUUUUUUUCCCCCAAAUCAUCCUUAAAACAGUAGUCCUGAAUGGUUUUGAGUAUGAAAGAGAAUUAUCUCCAAAACAGAAUAAAAUCAUCUGGUUUAUAAAUCAAAUAUAUAAGCAAAUAUAAUAUAAAUGCAAUUAAAACCAACUAACAACCCAUUCUUAGAAUACACUUCAAUUAUUUUUCAGACUACACUGAUGUAAGAAUUUCCUCAUUGCCAUUUGUAUGAAUGGAGAAUACUUGUUUACAAGUUACUAAAAUAUGACAAUAAAAGUAAUAUUUUUCUAUGGUUUACACUUUAUAUUAUAUGAAUUUAACAUUGGAAUUAUCAUCUUCAUUUUAGUAUAGGUUUUCAGAAAACACUUCUCUUUAGGAAGUUAAAUUUGAAUUAUUGGAAAGCAUCUUUAAGCUGAAGUCAUAUUUACUUUUAUUUUAAUUACUCACUUGGCUUAUUUGGUGAUGAUGAUGUAUUUUCUGUUGAAUGAAACAUUCUUUUUUAUUUCAUAAUUGUUCUUGUGGUGUAACUUAAAUUUUGCACAUGAGAUGUAGGUAACUUUUUUCCAUGAUUCAGACAUGUCCAAACCACCAGAAUUCUUUCCAGGCAUAGGAAGCUGACUGUUAAAUGUGAUGUGUUACUUCCAGCAUCUCCAAACCACUGACUGUUCUUGUGUGAGCUGUUUUCCUGGACGUUCUAGCAUUGUAAUUCCUGAAAUAAAAGCAAAACACUGCCACAUAUCUCAACCACA